AUGCUCACGUCUAUCUCGCGCUUCUGCGCGCUGCGUGCUCUGGAUGUCCUCUUCAUCGACAGACAAUGCUACGAUGAGUACUGGCUGAGCCCUGGCCGGAUUCAGUCUCUCUCCUCCGCCUUCGUGGACGCGCUCCACGCACACUUUUCAUGCGCCCCAUCGCCCCAUCCGAUGCUGGAAGAGGUCUCUCUAACCAUUCUGUACCCGACGGCCCGCCUCGUUGAACACUGGACGGCUGCGUCCACGCCCCUCGCGUCGGUGCUGUGUGACCACGCGCACUUCCGUCACCAAUGGGACCGGACGCUUGAGGAUGCCCGCGCUCGCGGCACGUCGCUAUUAGGCGCGUUUGAGCGUGGAGGCGUGGAGGCGGAGGUGAGCGCGGAGUGGUUCUGUCAUCCGGAGCCGAAGGCAGCGUCGGACGAUGGCAGCGACGUACUGCUCAACCUGCACUACAUGCCCCACGCACAACACCCGGUCGAUCCGCGGCCACUACGCGGUGCUCCGGGCCGGGGGCGGGCCCACUCUCCUUCGAUUUCUCGCACGGGCAGAUGA